CCUGUACCACGCAGACCACAGACAGCUCGUGCCAGUUUGACUGGGGCUCAGUGUAGGCGGCACGGCUAUGUCAGCUCAGCCGAUAGCCUGGGAUACUUUAAAUAUAUAAUAACAAUUUCUGUCAUAAUAUAUGUCAAGUAAGUCAUUGCAGUAACUCGCUUGAAUCGUCGGUUUCUAUUUGGCCAUUAUUAGCCGGCUAAUUAAGCUAGGUUAACUUAGCUAGUUAGCUUUAAGUAACGUUAGCUAACGUUUGUAUUCUUCGAACAGCACUGGUGGUUUAGGUUUAACGUUACGUAGACCUGGAAAAGGAUGCUGGAGUCAAUUAACGUUACAGAAAGACUCCACUGGCCAGAAGUGGAAAUGUCCAAAAAGUACCUUUUAAACUCUGCUGACAAGGCACUGAGCUCAAGCCAAAUAUACCUGGAGAAGAUUUCUUCCAGUGUUCUCAAAGACCUCUUCAGCACUGGCGCCAGUAGCUACAACGUCCUGCUGCAGGCUAAGGAGGAGGAUAAGAAGAGUCAGAACCAGUCCCCUUACAAAAGGCCAAAAGCGUUGGUGAAAUGUGGCGCCACAUUUAGUAGAAGAAACCGCCCAGGCAUGGCUUCUAAAAAGUUGCGUGCAGCAGAAGGUAGUGGUAAACCUGCACAGACAAAUCGUGUUCUCUCAGGCAACGCCAAUCUGUCUAAACCAGCACGGAACAUCGCAGUAGUGGGAAGCAGCAUGGGCCUGAUCCCUCGUACAGUUCCGCAGCUCAGGAAGAUGUGCAUCCCCAAUUCACCACACACUAAACUCCCCUCGUUGCACAAAGCAGCAAUAACACGGGAAGUGGGUGAUGCCAAGAAGCUCUGCAUCCUUACAGCCAUAAAGCCGUCUAAUGUUGAGAAAGAGAAGGCCAAGUUUUUCAAGUCUGACUUCAACUAUAAUCCACAGUUUGCAUACAGCAACCCAGUUUCUCCACUUGUCCUGGCACGACAUAACAAUGCCUCAGAUCGCUUCCUGACACAGGCAGUGCACAUCAUGGAGCUUGCCCUGCUGCGAUAUGGCAGCUAUGAGAAGUUUGAGCAGACCACGGGGGGCAACCUCCUUAACAAGAGUCGUAUCUGGCACAACGUCAAGAAAUACAUGGAGAAGGAAGGCUGCUUGGGGGAGAUCGUAGUCCAGGUGACAGACGACCUCCUGUCCAGAGCCUCCAUGACGGUGGUGAACAGCAGACCCACACUGACCAUCAACAUCUCCACGGCCCGAGAGUACUGGCUGGAAGGCAUGCUGAGGCAUGAGAUUAGCACACAUUAUUUUCGUGGCAUAAACAACUGCCACCAGCCAUGGAGCAGCAGCGCAGGUAGGAAGAAGCACAACCUGAAGCCUCUGAACCCCACAGAGGAGGGCCUGGCCAGCAUCCACAGUGUCCUAUUCAGGAAAGACCCCACACUGUGGCGCGCCGCCCUGCUCUACUACACCGUCUACCAGGCCACCCACAUGUCCUUCUCUCAGCUCUUCCACAAUCUGGGACGCUUCGUCCAGGACCCCAACACUCGCUGGGACUACUGCGUCCGGGCCAAGAGGGGCCAGACCGAUACAGCACAGCCAGGGUGCUUCAGUAAAGACCAGGUCUACCUGGAUGGCAUCCUGAAGAUCCUGAGAUACAGAGACAAGAUCAACUUCCCACUGCUGAUGGCUCUAGGAAAGGUGUCGUUUGAAGACGUGGACCGCCUGAAAGCCCUGGCUCAGAUGGAGAACGUCCGCAUCCCACACUUCAUGCAGGACCAGGCGCGGUACGCCGAGCAGCUGGCGAAAAUCAUGGCGGUCAACCAGCUGACUGACGAGGAGCUCAAGGCCAUCAUCUGAGCCCGCUGCGCUCCACCUGCACAAACCUGAUCACACCUGAAUAAAAGCUGUCGCAACCCUGCCAGCCACGGCCCGCAUGCCUUAACUCCAUCACCACGCAUGGUAGCAGAGUGUGUGAUUCGUGCAGCAUGCUGUGUUGCAUGUAGUGUAGAGUUGUGUCAGACAGACAUGGAAAUCUGUUCUAGCGCAGUAAUUGAUCCUCUGAUUCUGUAGGGAUCACUCCCACUCUGUUGUGUUGUGUUUAGGGCUGGAUGUAGCUUGGUUUUUACCAGUGCCAAUACAAUACCCUGAUUGCUCAGCAAUUCAGCUGAAAAUGAAUUCAUAAAACAUUUACCAAGCACCUUUUUACUUGACAAUCUCUGAUAAUCAGUUUAGUUUGUAGUUUGAUGCCCAGUCUUAGGUUUGGGAGUACUUAUAUGAAUAUAUUCUCUGUAGAUUAUAGUUUUUAAAAGAGAGAUUUAAUAUCUCAUAAUGACCUAAGUUAGAGCCUAACUGAUACUAGAUAUGUAUAGGCUUAAAUAGAUAUUUGAGACUAUUUGAUUUUUUUAACGUAAACGCACCACAUGAACAAACGCAGGGAGCGUCCAUAGCGAUAAGGUGCAUUCUGGGAUCUCACUUCCCAGAGAUCCAAACGGUACGCCACCUCACUCACAAGUGAGAUGACGAACAGGUCUGUUGUAUUAGCUCCAGCUCUCCCUCUGACACACACACACACACACACACACACACACACACACACACUCUCUCUCUCUGAGAUGACCUGUGAUAGGUUAUUGUCUCCUGUUAAAAUGCGAUUGAACGGAACAGCGCUAAAUAACUACAAAAUGUUUUGGGAUAAGGCCACAUUGGUUGCAAUCUGAUUAGUUCAAAGUCUGUGUUAAUUUGAAUUUAUUCCAGCCCUAAUGUAUUGGUUUUUAAUUAACUAAAUUAGCUAGUGAUAUUGGAUGAGAUUUAUCUGUCAGGCUCUAAUCUAAAUUCUGCCCCAGAGGCGAUCUCCAGCAGACAGGGCAUAGGCGUACAUUUUUUUGGGGGGGCAGGUACCCGUAACUAUCAGAUUUCGUCAUGAAUCAUUUGUACCCACCAUUUUGUUUUGAAAACCUCAAGCUCAAUUUUGUAAAAUAAAAAUAAAGUUUAUAACACAUAUAAUUCAGGAAUGACAGAUGCCAACAAAUCCACAAACAUCUCUAUCCCCCCCCCACCCAUUAUAUGUCUAAUGCUAUUAGAAAACUUACGGCUUUUUUUCUUCAUAAAACGUCAUCAUCACAUUCUUGCAUACAUUUUUAUUUAUUUACAUUAGUAAGCUACAGGACGUCUUGCAAAACAUGACCUGCACGAAAGAGAGAAAAAAAAUGAAUGUGUGUUGUACCCAGCACUUCUGGUAAUGCCCUUCUGAAUGCUUCUCUGUCCCCAGCACAUUUCAAACCAAACUGACGCCCAUGAGAUAAGGACAUUCUUGGACACUAUUUAAAUUCUUGUGGACUUGUGCAUGAAUAUGGUUAGUUUUAGCAUAAGCCAUCCAAAAUGUAUUUAUCUGUUCCUAAUAUUAGAAAUAUUUGUAUUACUUUCAUGUAACUAAUCUCAUAAUCCAAGUGUACUUACCUAGUGUUAUGUCUCUGUCUCUUAAGUGAAGAUGAUGGACACAUUCUUGCACUGUGUUUUCUCUAGUUACAGAUAUGGGGUGGGUUACAUCACCACUCAGGGUUACUAUAUUUGAAGUACAUAUGUGGGCAUAGAAAAUACAGCGGCUUGAGCAAAAGAUUGUGAAAGCAGGAUGGUUGACAACAGCUCAGUGGUGGACAGCGUGACACGCCGGCCUGCUAAUCACAGCUGAGCCUGUCAGCAUUGUUCUACUGAACACGGCUGGAAACAAAAUGUCCCUGAAGUGUGAAAGUCACUUGUAAUACAGUAUAUUUUGAAGGUGAGUUCCUCACUAUGCUCUAUAAAGCCCUAGUGGUUCAAGCCCUGUUUGACUACUUGCACUUUUUUUUACCUUGGAUUUAUCUUUUCAACUGCACUGAUAUGAGCGGUUACUGUGUUGGUGUCUUUAUGAUAUAUUCAUGUUUUAUAAACCAAAUGCCUUGUGGUUUUUCUGCGAUGAGUUUUAGUGGCAUUAAUCCCAAGAUUGACCUACGUGGGCUUCUCUGCUUCGUCAAAGACCACUUCAGUGGUACAGUUUAAUUACAUUGCAUUCCUAUGUGAUGUUUUCUAUUUGACGUUUUUUGUGAUACUCGUAAAUAGAAUCUUUAAAUAAAGUGGACUACCUGAAAAUGA